AUGUCAGUCUUUUCCUUCCUCCAUCGUCUCGUGUGCAGAAAAUGCAAAAACACGACCGGCUCUCAUCGUGUUAAGCGGCGGCUGAAGCGACUGCAGCGGCUGGAGCUGGAACAGGACGAGCGGAAGCCAUCGUGGAUGCAUGAGUCUUGCGACUUGGAGUUCUCCAACGAGAACGACGGAAUUGAUGGCGGCUCCUUGGUUGUCGAGCUUGACGCCCGCCCUCCUUCGUCCUCCGGUUCCCUUUCUUCUAUCUCGUCAGUCUCUCCCCUCUCCCCGUUCCCUCCUUUCUUCCCUGACUUCGCGGUCUCAGAUCCUCCUACCCUGCCUGUCGUUCCUGCCUCUCCGCCAGUUCUUGGCAUCGGUAUACAGACACGAACGGCAGGCACGACCAACCGCGACUCAUUGUCACGGUCGUCUUCGUCGCCGCCCCUCACCGUCUCGUCAUCGCGAUCCUCUCUUACAAGAAUGCCACCCGUCCAUAACCUUCGGUUGCGCAGCAGCAGUUCCUCCGUUUCCGGUGUCGAGUCUUCCCUGCCGCAACUGAGGCUGUCUUGGGAACACGCGCCACAUUCGCCGUUGAUCUCCGAGCCGAAGUACUGCCGCAGCCCGAAUGUUGUACCUACGGUGUUUGUUGACGUGAAGCCGCUUCCGCGUCUCUCGAAGGAACGGCGUUACCCGCUCCUCACUCUUGACGCUGAUUCCGACGAGACUGAGAGUAAUGAUACAUCCAGUGAGUUUCCGUCACGUCCCUCUCCAUCUCCCUCAUCCUCUCCCGCUUCUUCGGUUUCCCUACUCUCUCCAGUCUCUCCAACCUCUUCUGUCUGGUCGCCCGCCACCGAACGCCCUCUACCUCAUCUCCUCGGCAACGUCCAACCGGUGAAGCGCACGCCGCGUGCUGCCGUCAACUUUACACGAAACAACAGGACCUCUCCGUUAGCUGCCCGGCGCGACUCUGGUGGUAACUUUGGUAACAGAAAUUGUACCAACGCCGCUAACACCAACGUCUCUAGCGGUCCCCGAUACAUUCCCGCCUCGAAGACUGUGGUGACGCCCUGGCCUCGUCCUUCGGUUCAACGGUCACCGCUGCAACAGACUUUGCCGGUCCUCCGCGUCACCGCAACGUUUGACGAGAGCCUGGGCACGUCAUAUCGGCCUCCACAGAAGCUCAUCCUCCGCAAGUCCGUCCUUGCCUCCUCUUCAGUGAGCGAGACACCAACGGCACCGAUCAAGGCGGAACUGUCCAACGGGACCAUCCGUCCUUAUGACCAGACGCACUCAAGACGUCAUGCACAGCAGGUGAUGUCACAGACACUUCUGUCAUCGUCUUCGUCCCACCCCUUGUCGCCCGAGAGCGUCGCUCCCCACAUGCUUCGCUUGAUCCCGUACAACUCGCGGCAAGGCCAUAGCAUGCUACAGACGCUUCGCCGCCUGCUUGUUGUCCCUGUCGACUGGUCAGCAGCACAGACUCUUUUGUUUGUCCUGAAGCACCCGGCCGUCCGCCGUUUGGCUCUGCCGUUCCACAUGUCGUCAUCGCCGUCGCCAGCUGACUGGAAGCACUUCCAAGACCUGCUCAGCGUCGCCCGCUGCAACUCACUUAGCUGGUACGGCAUCCUGCAAACCAUAGACGGACCCAUGCGGUACCAUGCGGCCCGCGAGCACAACUACCAGAGCUUGCGCACAAACUUUCACGACGUCCCCUCCGCUCUCGUCCCUUGCUCCAACCCGCGUGUGCUCUCCGGCAACACCCGUUUCUCUGUCGCCGAGCGUGACCUCGUCGCCCGCUGGCUGGCCAGUGGCGAGCCGCUGUUUACACGUCAGACGACGCUGCCGAUGGUGCUAAUGCGCAAGAGCAGGCAGCCGCUGCUACGGAGCUCUCCGAGCCGGAUGCGUCUUCAGCAUCUCCAGCAGCAGGCAUGCGGUCGCACGCCGCUGUCACCGCUUACGUCGUCCUCUGUCCACACCAUGGACCUCAAGGAACACAAUGACACGGCCAUCCGCUACGACAUUGCUCUUAAUCCGCGCUGCCGGCAUCAUCAACUGUGGACGGGUGCAGGUAAGAGCCGACUGUCCAUCGCAUGCUUGGCCGAGGAUUAA